AUGGCGUCAGCAUUGACUCACAUCGGAGCAACGCGUCUCGCCACCAUUCGUCCAGAGCCCACCGCCACUCUCAGAACUCCCGCGAGCCAGCCUUCGUCCUUAACAUGGUUACCACCAGCCGGUAUACGCCACUCUGUGUCGCGAGUUUCCGCUGAUCUCGUCGGCGGGCGCGGGCCCAGUCACGGCUGGCCGCACGGAGGCAACCGCUCGGCGCGCUUAGAGGUGACGGCGAGGGCGGGAGGCGCGCGGCCGCGGCCCGCUGGUGCGCGGCCGUCGCAACGGCCGCCGAUGAGACGGCAGCAGCAACAGACGGAGGAUAAGGACGGACCGCUGAUGAACAGUGAUAUCAGGGUGCCCACGCUGCGGCUGCUGGCAGAGGACCAGGCUCUGCUGGGGAUAGUAUCGAGAGAGGAGGCGCUCUCCAAGGCCCGAGAGGCGGGGCUUGACCUGGUGAUGAUAGCAGCGGAUGCCAAGCCGCCUGUGGCACGAAUCAUGGACUACAGCAAGUUCCGGUACGAGCAGCAGAAGAAGAAGCGCGAGCAGCAGAAGAAGGCUGCUGCCAGCCGCCAGGAGCUCAAGGAACUCAAGAUGCGGUACAACAUUGACACGGGGGACUACAACGUGCGCCUCAAGCAGGCGCUCAAAUUCCUGCACGAUGGCGAUAAGGUGAAGCUGACGGCGCAGUUCAGAGGGCGCGAGAUGGAGUUCAAGGAGCUGGGGGUGAAGCUCUUUGAGAAGUUCCAACACGACGUCGCUGAGCUGGCGAUCGUGGAGUCGAAGGCGCAUCUGGAGGGGCGGUCGAUGCACAUGGUACUGGCGCCCAACAAGGCCGUGCUGCAGCGCAUGGCUGCCGCCGAGGAAAAGAGCCGGCGGGCGGCGGAAAGGAGCAAGCGUGCCGAGACGCGUGGAGUGGUGUCUGGGAGUGAGAGUGACGGGGGGGAGAGUGGGGGGGAGAGUGAUGGGGAGAGCGAUGGGGAGGAGGUGGUGGAGGUUGUGAAAGAGAAAAGUGGGCGGCAAUAG